AUGUGCGCCGCAUUGGGCCAUAACCAUCCCCGGAUCGUACAAGCCCUCCAGGAAAGCUGCGAGUCGCUGAUUCACAGUCACAUGACGAUGUUCAACGAUCGGGAGAUUAUUCUCGCGAGCCGACUGGCGGAGAUUACACCUCCCGGCAUGAACCGGAGUAUGUUCCUCACCUCGGGCAGCGAUUCCAACGAAGCUGCGAUGGCAAUUGCCAAACGCUACACUGGCGGCUACGAAAUAGCCAGCCCGGUGGUCAGUUUCCACGGCAUGAGCGACGCCACCCGGGCCGUUACCUUUUCUGGUUGGCAUCAGGGUUUUGAGUUGCUGGACGCGCAGGCCGACGGUCGUAUGGCCGCCGUGAUUACCGAGCCGUUAUUCAGCGCUGGCGGCGUGAUAGAACCACCUCCUGGUUGGCUGCAGGAGUUGAAACUACGCUGUGAGCGGCGGGGAAUGCUCCUGAUUCUCGACGAAGCGCAGACUGGAUUGGCCAAAUUGGGAUCAAUGUGGGCCUUCGAGCAGGAAGGCGUCGUGCCCGACAUUUUCACCAUCUCAAAGCACUUUGGCGGUGGUAUCGCCAUCAGCGCCACCAUAACCACCGAUGAAAUUGAGGAGAAGGCCGUGGAAACCGGCUUGGUCGUGGCUCACUCCCACUCCAACGACCCAAUGACCUGCAACGCUGCCAUCGCCAGCUUGGACAUAAUUCUCGAAGAAAGUUUGGUUGACGUUGCCAACCGGAUUGGGAAAUAUUGGCAGGGGCACCUGCUCAAUUGA